AUGAUCAAGGCGGCGAUUCUGGCGGCGGCGGCGCUGCUGCUCUCGGGCGUCUGCGCGCUGGACGAGGCCACGCUGCGGCUGAGCAUGACCAAGGAGCGCAGCGCGGCCGAGUGCGACGACAACUGCGAGCGCGACUUCAUGCCCGUGUGCGGCUCGGACGGCGUCACGUACGGCAACGACUGCCUGCUGGAGUUCGCCAUCUGCGAGAACGCGACCAUCUCCAAGCUCUCGGAAGGCAAGUGCAUCAAGCACUCGACCGCCACGGCCAUCGACGCGGGCACCAACGCCCUUACCCAGGUCCAAGUUGACGCCAGCUCCGCCUACAAGCAAGGUGAAGUCAUGCCCGCCGAUCAAACGGCAGCAAGUAGCGCUGAAUCUGGGGGCUCGGACGAAUCACAGAAGCAGACUCCGCCUGUCUUCACGGGCAAGUGCACUCUCACUGGAGACUACGUCAACAACACAUAUGUGAGUGCAUGCAAAACCAUCGUCAUCGACUCCCUUCGGGUGCCUACUGGCGUCCAGCUGAAUUUGACUCAGUUGCAAGACAAUGCCAAGAUCAAGUUUCAGGGCACGUCCACCUUUGGGCCUAAGCACCGGUAA